CUCCGCUCCGCUCCGCCCUGCCCUCCCCCCGGCCCUGAGAGCCCCCGAGCGAGAGCUGAGGUCGCUCCGCCCUCCCCGCCAUGCCCCCCAAGAAGCAGCAGCAGCCGGCGGGGGGCAGCAAGAAGGCGGACCAGAAGAAGAAGGAGAAGAUCAUCGAGGACAAAACAUUUGGCCUGAAGAAUAAAAAAGGUGCAAAGCAACAGAAAUUUAUCAAGGCUGUGACUCACCAGGUAAAAUUUGGUCAGCAAAAUCCACGUCAGGCUGCUCAAACAGAAAGUGAGAAGAAAUUAAAAAAAGAAGAUAAGAAAAAAGAAUUACAAGAACUAAAUGAACUCUUCAAGCCUGUGGUUGCUGCACAGAAAAUUAGCAAAGGUGCUGACCCCAAAUCUGUAGUUUGUGCGUUCUUCAAGCAAGGACAAUGCACUAAAGGAGACAAGUGCAAGUUUUCUCAUGAUUUGUCUUUGGAAAGGAAGUGUGAAAAACGAAGUGUCUACAUUGAUGCAAGAGAUGAAGACCUUGAAAAAGAUACAAUGGAUAACUGGGAUGAGAAGAAGCUGGAAGAAGUGGUGAACAAGAAGCAUGGUGAGGCGGAAAAGAAAAAACCCAAAACUCAAAUAGUCUGCAAAUACUUCCUUGAUGCUAUUGAAAACAACAAAUACGGAUGGUUUUGGGUCUGUCCAGGCGGAGGAGACAACUGCAUGUAUCGCCAUGCUCUCCCUCCAGGUUUUGUAUUAAAAAAAGACAAAAAGAAGGAGGAAAAGCAAGAUGAAAUUUCUUUAGAAGAUCUAAUAGAAAAAGAGCGUGCUGCCUUAGGACCAAAUGUUACCAAAAUUACUCUAGAGUGUUUUAUUGCAUGGAAGAGAAGAAAAAGACAAGAAAAAAUUGAUAAGGCUGAGCAAGAUAUGGAGAGGAGGAAAGCAGAUUUUAAAGCUGGCAAAGCAUUGGUGAUUAGUGGACGUGAAGUAUUCGAGUUCCGACCAGAGUUGGUUGAUGCAGAUGAUGAAGAAGCAGAUGACACUCAUUAUAUUCAAGGAACGGGAGACGAUGAUGAGAUGGAAGACCCUGUGUGCAUAAAUGAUGUCGAUUUGAACCUCUAUGUCCCAAAGGCUGUAGAUGAGACUGGUAUUACUGUGGCUAGUCCUGAGCGAUUCAGCACAUACAGUUCAAUAGAAAAAGAUGAUAAUAAAUUAAAUGAAGCUUCUGGUGGUGAUACAAACAGCAGUGAGCAAAAUGAUUUAGAGGAAGAUAAUGAUGGUGAUGGGGAGUUGGAAAAUGGAGUAAUUGAUGCAGUUCCAGUUGAUGAAAAUCUUUUUACUGGAGAGGACUUGGAUGAACUAGAAGAAGAACUAAACACUCUUGAUUUAGAAGAAUGAAUUAAAAAGAUCAAGUGAGGAGUUAAAUCUAUGUGACAAAGUGAAAACUGACUAUGUUUUUUUUCUCCUUUUUGAAUAGAAUUCUUAAACAGGAUGUUUAUGGUUACCCAGCUGAUUCUGAUGGGCACAUCAUAUACCAGGAAUAUUUUCCUUCAAUCUCAUCUACUCCAGUCUUGACUAUGCUCACAGUAAAAUAUUCAGAGUAGUUCAGAAUUACCUGACAGCUGAAUUUGCAGAAAAUGAGAUUAUAACUUUCAACUAAAAGUAGGAAGUGUAACUGCUUUGCCAGUAUGCAAGUAUAAGUGGGCAAUUUGAUACCAGGUGCAGUAGAUAAAUCAAAGUAUACAUUCUUCACCAGAAUGGCAUUUUUAUUAGUGAUUGUGUUUAGAAACUGCCUGAAGUGUUUUUAGGCAGUAUACUCUAAUGGAGCUGAUGCAGAUUAUGCUUCUUUAAGUGGUGAUUAGCUUUAUUUGAUCAGCUGGAUACUGAAGAUUGUGAACUGAUACAUCAUACAAUACAAUAUGGUGCCCUCUGUUUAAAAUGUUUUAAACUUUCCCACCGCCUUUUGCCAACAGAACUGUAAAUAAAAACUAUCAACUUUAAAA